ACUGUACUUCUGAGAUCUAGGUAAGUAUUGUAUUCCGACAUGACCGUGUUUUUAGAGAUGUUGUUAACUUCGACUCGAUGACAGUCAGGGUUAGUGGUAGAUUACAUGAUGUUUUAAUUAAUUAAUCUCAAAUUAAAAAAAAAAAUCUUUUUAUAUAUAUGACUUCACUUCUGUUUCAUAACAUGUGAAAAUUUUCAGUGUGAACACACAUAUCUUGUGUGUAGCUACAGAAGUAGGUGUUAUGGACGGAUUGGACUGAUUAACAAAAAAAAUUUUGAAAAUGUUUAAUAGGUUUAUAAUUCUGGCAAGCUUCCAGCUUUGUGUUGAAUUAAUGUCGUGAACAUCCAUUAUUUUAAACACUUCCUCAAAACGCAUUCAACAGUAUAUUAAGCUGUCGUAGUAGGCCUAACAUUUUUUUUAAUUCUGAUAACAAAUUUAUUUUUGCAGAAUCCUAAUGUAGUUAAAAAUGCAACAGUCUUCUAAAGGAAAUUCUGGAGAAGAUGUAGCGGAAAGUCCCUCGGCUUUUUCAGUGUGUAGUUCUAAGGACGGACAAAUUAAAAGACUCAAUUCCGGAAAGCGCGACAGUGGAUAUGACUCUCCGGCAACCCCCGCUGGGAACCAACUCAUGUUUAAUUUUGAUGAUAUUCCCUUGAGAACAUCAGAUGACCACCCUCUUCAGGAAAGUUUUGAGAGUUUCGGUGCAUUUGAUUUGGAGGACCAAGUGUCGACCGGCGAUACCAGUGAUCAAGAAGUAGAAAUGGUCUUGUCGAACCCGAACUCCCCGGGGCUCGGACCGUCGAUCCCUGUGCCUACACGCCCCUCAGCACCCUUUCCUAGUGCAAAUGACAGAGAGAUGGAAUUUGAUUUAAUUCAAGGGAUAAAUAGUGACCCAGAACCACGGCCGUGUAUAUCUUCUCCCUCUCUCCACAGAAGCGUGUCUUUCCACAGGAACCGCUCCCGGAGACAGGGUUGCUACUUCCGGCCGAUAGUAAAUCGGUCUGUGGGAACUCAAACACCCACUCCCACUUGCCAAAUUGUUCAUGAUGUCAUAGAUCGCUUUCAUCCUUAUGGACAUAUACGAGAUUCCCUGGCGAGAAAUCGACACAAUUCAGCAGGGGAUCAUAAUCCGUCCACUUCUAGUCCGCUCCCUGACAUCAUUCCAGUAUCACGAGACCGUUCGGUGUCCCUACCGGAUGUCCCGUCUCUCCGCCAACAGCAGGAGCAGGCCGUGGGCCGGGAACUCCGCCGGAUCAGUGACGAGUUCCAUUACACCUUCAUCACACCCCCACGCAGAGCCAGUAUAUUUGGUGGUCCCCAGUCGUUCCCAGGCUCUGUCCGCUUCAAUAUGGCCAGCAUCUGGGACGGUUUAAGGAACCUAAUCGCCAGCCCGGUGACCAUUCAUGACGCAGACGCCGCCGAAAACGACCGUGAUCAGAACGACGAUGAAGUGUUUCCCGCCAAAUUUUGACGACCGGAAGAGUUUUGACGACGUCCAAGCCUUGGUUUUACUAUGACAUCUAAAGUGGAAACUAUCAUGCUUCUAAGGGUGCUCUAUGUUCAGAAUUAUGCAAUGGAUUCUCAUUUUAAGAGUUCGCGUUAAAAACGUAAAUCGUUGAGACAUUACGGUAGAUAAAUGUAAAUUUUCUGUUGUUUGCUCAUUAUAACGGCCUUGCCGUUUAUUUGGGUUUUUUUUCCUUCUGGAUCUCAUUUUCUUUUUACAAACUAUUUAAUGUGUAUUCCUUUUUUUCUCCUUAGUACUGACACAUGAGAGUAUACAGUAUUUUUGGUGCACAUCUCUCAUUCCGACAUAAUAUUUAAUCAAAGUUUAGGUGCAAACUCAUCGACAUAGCAUUGAAAACCCAACAAUUGUACUCUAGGAGUACUUCAGUUUGUUGCACGCUUUGAGCGUUUUGUUUUUCUUUUUCAAGGUGUUGCAAAUUCGGCGUUGUGUUCUUAUUUUUUAAACAUCAAAACAGAUUAUUCAAAAAUGUGUUCAGGUUGUUUUGUUUUUUUUGUUUGUUUGGGUUUUUUUUAAUAUAUAUAUAAAUGUAGAAAAUUAAGUAUGGAGUGUUCAUUGUCCUCUAGAAUGACGCAGAUAGAAGUUAGAGAUAGAGAUUGAUUAUAUAUAACUUCAAUCCCCACCCAGUCAUAUAUAUUUAGUUCAAACCUUUUUCAUAAAGUUAUAAUUAUCCCUUUGUUAUCACUGCAAUAAAAUGCAUCAAUACAUUGAUUUUUUUUAAAAGUGGAAUGAAGAGAAUGUACACAUAUUCAGAUAAUGAUUAGAUACUGCAGGAAUUUAUUGAUUUGACAUAGUCAUAGCGAAACGAUAGCGAGAUGCUACCAUGCGUCUAUUGCAAAGUCAAUAGGAAAACGCCCCUACUAAUUAGAUCACGCAACCAGCGAGAUCUAGAGCUGCAGCUGUGUAAGGAUGGUAGAAUCGAGUUGUACUGUAGACUGUAGACUUGCAGAGAUUUUCUGAUGUCAAAAUUUAGCACACAACGAAUCGUCAUCCUUUUCAUUGAGACACAUAAAUACAAUGAAGUGCUCACCUCGUCAAGAAGUUAAUCAUGUGAUGUCUUUUAGUUUUUAAAUAGCUGCAACAUUUGUAGUCCGGAAGGGGUUAUUUUUACAGGAUGACUUUUGUGGAUUGCUAUUUCAAGCUGUUCCCAAACUACUUCCCCUCUUACGUGAAUCACUCCGCUUUAUUGUAACGAUUUCGUUGCAGUUUAGUUUGUGUACAUAUAUAUUAUAAAUAUAACGAUGACUUUUUUUGUAAAUUGUUUGUUUCAUUUAUGUUAUGUGGCUUGCAGAUUAUCGAAUCCCAUAGAAAACACAAAGGUGAUGUUUAGAUACUGUACAUAUGUUUUUGCUGUACAUAGUUAUUUUGCUUGAAAUGUUUUGAACAUUUCCUUGCUAAGUUUUCCAUGAUCUCAAUAUCCCCCCGCCCCAGGUCACCGAACUGAACGUAUCCCUAACCAGCAAUGUGCCUAUCGAAUGUGCCAACGAUAAAACGUGUAGUGUAUUCACGUCAAAGUCAGACAUACUAAUGUUCACCUUCAUAAUAGAUAUACUCUUUUUAUUUUCUUUCCAGCACAAUUUUCUUUUUCUUUCGAUCAACCCUUUACUUACCACACAUGUAUUUUGCCUUCAUGGUUUCAUAAUGCAUUUUCACAUUCAAAAUUAUUUUUUGUUUACUUCUUUAUAUUCUGCAGUAACUCUCAGGUACAAGCACUUAUACAUUUUAAAAAAAAUAUAUUGUGCAUAUAUAUACAUGUACGUUUAUUUAUAUGUAUAACGAUAGUUCUUGGCCAAGCUCACAAUUAAUCGCACAAUGUAAAUACAAAGGUUCCCAGAAGUUUCCGUGUAGAAACUGAAAGGAAGUUCGGUCAAUGUAUUGUUCUUAUGUCACGAAAGCCAUUGGAUUUUUUUGAUGGGCAUUUUGAGUUGAUUGCGAUUGUAUACACAAAGCUGUAUAGAUUCGGGUACUAAGUGAUAUUACGGGGUACAAUUUUUAUUUUUCUAUUUAAAAAGAAAUGACUAGACAUAUGAUGUUAUACAUGGUAUAAUGUGCAGAUGAAAUAUAAAAGACUCUAGAAAAAAAAUCAAAAAUAAAGUUGACGAAACAGUUCUA